GUUGUGUGAUUGUUUCAUGUGUAUGGUUGGUUGGUUGGUUUCAUCGCUUUCCGUUAAUACUGCGUGCGUUAGAGCGGGCAAUUGUUAAGGGGUUUCACAGGAAUAUGCAUACACAUGCAAAUUGAAUUUGCAUUUAGGUUUUCUUCACUGUGUUGAUCUCUAUAGGAAUUUCAUGUUUAAUUCAUUUGUACGCAAUCAGAACGUGGAAGGAACCGAACUGUCUUUUUGCUGCAUUGGGGCAUAAUUAUUCAAUUAGUUUAUCUAUAUUAUCAUUUUGCAUUGAAUGGAGCAGUUGAAACUGGUUGCAGAUUCUAAAGCCAAAGAGGAUAAUCCUUUGGGGAACAAGCCAAAAAAUAACAAUGUGCUUGAGUCUUCGGACAGUCUGAGAAAUAGAAAGAUAUCAGCUCGAUGGGAUCCAGUUGAAGCAUGUCGGCCUAUAAUUGAAGAAGCACCUGUCUUCUAUCCGACUAUUGAAGAGUUUGAAGACACACUCAGUUACAUAGCAAAGAUUCGGCCCCUAGCUGAACACCAUGGCAUAUGUAGGAUUGUUCCACCAGCUUGCUGGACUCCACCCUGUCCUCUUAAGGAGAAAGAUCUAUGGGAAAAUGCUGAAUUUCCCACCCGUAUUCAACAAAUUGAUUUGCUUCAAAAUAGGGAACCUAUGAGGAAAAAAAGUAGGGGAAGGAAAAGAAAACGUAGAAAGCAUUCCAAAACAGGGACAUGUAGGAGGAAGCCUGCCAAUGCUUCUGAGUCUGAAGAGAAAUUUGGAUUCCAAUCAGGGUCAGACUUCACUCUUAAAGACUUUCAGCAAUAUGCUAAUUUUUUUAAAGAGUGCUACUUUGGGUUGAGAGAUGCCAAUGGAGACAGAAUAGCCAACGACAGCAACCCUGAGAGGAAAUGGGAGCCCUCUGAGGAGGAAAUUGAAGGUGAAUACUGGCGUAUAAUUGAACAACCAACUGAUGAGGUUGAGGUGUAUUAUGGAGCUGAUUUGGAAACUGGAGCACUUGGAAGUGGUUUUCCUAAGGCAUCAUCCUUAACUAAGAGUGAUUCAGAUCAAUAUGCUCUGUCGGGCUGGAAUCUGAAUAAUUUCCCGCGGCUGCCAGGUUCUGUACUAAGUUAUGAGGGAAGUGAUAUAUCAGGAGUUCUAGUGCCAUGGCUGUAUGUUGGCAUGUGUUUUUCAUCAUUUUGCUGGCAUGUUGAGGACCAUCACCUCUAUUCACUAAACUAUUUGCACUGGGGUGACCCAAAAGUAUGGUAUGGAGUACCUGGAAGCCAUGCUCCAGCUUUGGAAAAUGUAAUGAGGAAGCACUUGAGUGAUUUAUUUGAGGAACAACCAAAUCUACUCAAUGAACUGGUUACCCAGUUUUCUCCUUCAAUUCUUAAAUCUGAGGGAGUGCCUGUGUAUCGCACAGUUCAGCAUUCUGGGGAAUUUGUUAUUACCUUUCCAAGGGCAUAUCAUUCUGGCUUCAAUUGUGGCUUCAACUGUGCAGAGGCAGUCAAUGUGGCUCCUAUUGAUUGGUUAAUGCAUGGUCAGAAUGCUGUUGAGCUUUACAGUUUACAAUGUCGUAAGACAUCAUUGUCACAUGACAAACUGUUAUUUGGAUCAGCACUGGAAGCUGUGCGAGCCCUUGCAGGGUUAGCUCUUGGAAAGGAAACUCCAAAAAAUUUGAAAUGGAGUAGUGUCUGUGGGAAAGAUGGAGAUCUUACCAAGGCAGUCAAGGCAAGGAUAAAAAUGGAAGAAGAAAGGCUAGACUGUCUUCCAACUCAUCUUAAGUCUCUGAAGAUGAAUAGUGACUUUGAUUUGUACAAGGAAAGAGAAUGCUUCUCUUGCUUCUAUGACUUGCACCUAUCUGCUAUGGGUUGUGAGUGCUCUCCCGACAUAUAUUCUUGUCUUAGGCAUGUUAAUUUAUUCUGUUCGUGCGAAAUGGAGAAAAAAUUUGUUCUGCUUCGAUAUACUAUAAAUGACCUCAAUAUGUUGGUUGGAGCAUUAGAAGGAGAAUCAGCUGCUAUUGAGUUGUGGGCAAAUAAAAACUUUGGAAUGGUUUCUGCCAAUGCCAAAGAGGUUUGGAUAGAUAAAACAGAUGUUGAGCAAGAUAUUUACAAAAACAAGGAUUAUGAAGAAAGGGAAAGCUCAGCUGGCUGUUUAGGAACGAAGGAUAGGUCAAACUUAAACACACCUAGUAGUCCUACACCUACGAGUCAUAUUACUUCAGAAAUAGGGCAGUCUGAGUCACACCCUGUAACUUCUAGGGCCCCAUAUGACAGUAUUGAUAGUCAUAAUGACAAUAAUGAUGAUAAAAAAUUGGUCACAGAAAAUGAAGAUAAAGUAGAUCAGGCAGGUCCUCUGGAUUUGAAUGUUGAUGUUACCUCUGGUGAAAAUGAAAAUCAUUUGCGGCAUAUUUCUGAUAACCAUCAUGAUGAAGUUGUUUCAGUAAAGGAAAAGGUAUGUUGUUCAGAGACCAGAAUGGAAGAAGACAAUGUGAAACUUGGUGUUGAGGGCAACAUACAAAACUCAUUUUCUGUUCUAAAGACUGAUUUUUCAUCACCAUGUUCUAGGGAUGCUCACAAUUAUUGUACAUUUGAUGGUGGAAAAAUUGAGCUGGAUCUGCAAACAGAUUCAGAUUCAGGAAAGCUGCAAAACAAUCUAUUUAAAAGGGCGGUCAUAGAUACCACAAGUACUAGUAUGUUUUUGACAGAGGAAAGCUGCUUAAUGCAAAUGUUUGGUACUUCUGUCGAGCCUGUAAGUUUGGGAUCUGUUGUUCACGGAAAGCUGUGGUGCAGUAAGCAUGCAAUAUAUCCAAAAGGAUUCAAGAGUCGAGUUAACUUCUAUAGCAUUAUUGAUCCAACAAGAAUCUGUAGCUAUAUUUCUGAAGUUAUUGAUGCUGGAUUUCUUGGACCUCUUUUCAAGGUUACCAUGGAAGAAUGUCCAAGUGAGGCUUUCACAGAUAUCUCAGCAGAUAGUUGCUGGGAAUCAGUUCUGAAGAGAUUACAUCAUGAGAUAACGAGGAGAAGGAGUCUAGGUGAACUAGAACUUCCUCCCUUAGAGCUCCUGAAAAGCAUUAGCGGUCAUAGAAUGUUUGGCUUCCUUUUACCAUCUAUUAUUCAGGUCAUCGAAGCCCAAGAUCCAAGUCAUUUGUGUGUAGAGUACUGGAAUCACAAAGUUGCCUCUUCAGGCAGCACAUAUGGUUCCAGUAGCUAUUUAGGUAAUACCAAUACCAAAAUUUUUGGUAUCGAUUUGAUUAAGCAGGAAAAUUAUAACAUGCUUGAAAAGAUGAAACCAAUACUACUAAGGGCAAGUCCUGAUGAGUUAAGCACAAUGCAUAAGCUACUCAGCUCUGAUGCACAGUGCUGUGAGUGGAAAGUGGCAUUGAUAGCACUGAUGGAUGAGAUUCGGAAAGCUUGUCAAUAAAACGUGAAGAUCUUAAUUCUUUCGGACUCUAGAUAGUUAUGUUCCAUUUAGUCAUUAUAGUUGGAUCCAUUCUUUCAAAGAUAAAUUAAACUGAAGAAUCUGCUGGGUGAAGAGGAGGUAAAUUUUUGCACUUUCCCAUAAUCAGUGACCUAUAUACAUAUGGGAAAAAGACGCUGACCCAUUUUAAAACAUUCGUAUACAUUUUCUUUUUAAGGUCUAGCCUUUAGCUGUAGCUGGAUUUAGGUUUUGCAUUUGUUGUUUUAUUUCUAAAUAUCUGUAUAUACCUAGAAAAAUGCUGCCGAUACAAUAAAUGAUAAAAGGUAGGGAAAUACAUGGGGCAUCUGUUAUUUGACUUA